AUGCCAUCCUUCCGGCCUCGCCCCUAUACGACAGCGUUUGUGGUCCUGGUCUCUCUCUUCCUAUACAACAGAGGAGGUCCGCUGUCCAGACUUUAUCUCAACGCACCUAGCAGGCUAGAACAUGUGAACAACCUCAACCAGCCGUCCGUCCAGUUUGCCGACACUGUCCGGAACUGCGAGGAUGUAAUCCUGGUACCUGAAGAGAGUAUUGUUUUGCUCUCUUGUGAUCCCAGCAGGGACACCUGGAAUACUGUCAUGGGUACCUUUGUCGACCCAGCGUCUUCGCCAGAUACCGGCAUAUACAUGUGGAACUACAAAGACUCGAACGCUCAACCGGAGAAGAUCCAGCUUCUCGACUUCAAUCUGCGCAUCAACGAGUUUCACCCUCUCGGAAUCGAGUACCACGCGCCAAGCAACACGCUCUUCGUUGUCAAUCACGCACCCUCAGGCUCAGCAAUCGAAUUCUUCAAAUUCCUCCCAUCCGAAGCAGCAGCCACUCACAUCACGACGCUGGAGGAGCCCAAAAACCUCGCGACGCCCAACUCCAUCGCCGUGCUGAGCGAGACAGAGUUCCUCGUCACAAACGACCACUGGUUUCGCCGUCGAUUCCGUCCUGUCCUGGCACUGUUGGAAACAUACAUGGCUUUCCGUGGCGGCAGCGUUACUCACGUCAAGUUCCACUCCAAGCUCGCCGACGGCUUCGGCGAAACCACAGUUCUGACCCAAAUUCCGUUUGCGAACGGCAUUACUCAGCUGAACGACUCUGUCAUCGCAGUGGCGAGCUCGAGCAUGAACACGGUCUACCUCUAUAGCAUGAACCGUACCGACGGCUCUGCUCCGAAGCUCAAGCAGAUCCGUACGAUUUCCGUCCCCUUCCAUCCGGACAACUUGAGUGUCGAUGGCAAUGGGAAGCUACUGAUCGCUGGUCACCCUCAUGCUCCUACGACGGAGAAGGUUUCGAAAGGCAACCGGUUCUGUCAGUCGAAUGAUCCAGCUGAGCGUGAAAAGUGUUUAUCGAAAGGCCUGAGCUGGGUGGCUGAAUGGAGCGAGGCGGAAAGACUGAAGACGUUGUAUGCUGGUGAUGAGUUCGGGACGUCGACGACAGCGGUCCGAGAUGUGAAGAGUGGGAUGGGCAUUAUCACUGGGCUGUACGCAAAGGGGCUUUAUGUGUGGCGGGAUUGA